GGGUGUGGGAAGGUUGGGAGGCAGCUCGGUCAUGCUGUCAGUCGGGUGUGAGUGAGGCUAGCGAGCUCUUGCCUUCCUCCACUCUUUAAACACUCGUGAUGUGUUUCCUGUGACUUGUGUGAAACCAAACUCAAAGAUUCACGUUGUUUAAAUAUAUACUUAAGGAAUCAAACCACACACAAUGAUGUCCCAAGGUGUUGGAAUAAAUGUGAUGGAUCGUUUGCGUUUGGACUCGCCAGACAGAAGAACUGCUUGGAAAGAGGAAAAGGAACGCAAAUUGGCUAAGCUUAAGCAGUUGCGAGCAGAGAGAGAGAAGAGACGGAGAGAACAACUGUCAAAAGAGGCGCAGGAAGCAGCAGUACGGGCCAGCAAUGCACCUCGCGAUGACCAAGACUUGGACAAGAUGCUCUCCUCCCUUGGAGUGGCACCUGUCUCGGAUAAAGCAAUAGCACAAGACUUUGCACCUUGUGACGAGUGUAAAGGUGUUUUCACAUCUCUCGUUCAGCAGCACUCCGCAAUCAAAACUAUGCAUUUAGACGAGGUGUUGUCCAGUAUGUCGAGCAUGUCCUCGGAGCCAGGAGCUGAUCACAGUGGCUCGCCUGACAAGAGCUUGGAAGCCAAUGCUACAGCUUCUCCACGGACACCUAGUAAGAAGCCACCCCAGUUGUCAGUAGUGAGUGUGCAAGCCACGAACAUUCCCCCGCGUGAAACGGUUACCUACACCAAGGGAGUUCAAACUUCAGGAUCCGGGGAUGGCCACGGUUACUAUGAGGACUGGUGGAGGCCCCGCAAAGCCCAUGCCUUCGACUAUUACGACGAAUAUAAUCUAAACCCAGCGCUAGAAUGGGAUGAUGAAUUCACAGCUGAAGAGGAGGACAAUUCACUGACCAUGCUGGAUACACCGCCAAUAUACGGAGGGGGCCAUAACCGUCACCUGCCGCCAGGGAUACUCCCCACUGGGAUGCCUACGGUGCAAGAUGUAAAGCCAGCAUUAGCAACGGAAGCAGAGAAGAAAAUGGAAGAAGAGAAGCCACAGCCACCACGAGAAUUGUCAGACGAAGAGAAACAGAUGCUGAUGAUGACGGAAGAAUUUCACAGUUUCUUUGAUCGUACCACACGUGUUAUGGAACGAGCCUUGGCUGAAGAUGCCAACCUCUUUGUGGAUUAUUCACAUGACUAUGAAGAGGAUGGAGAAGCAAAUGAAAAUGGCGGAAUAAAAUUGUCUUUGAAUCGGUGGUUCUUCGAUGAGAGGUGGUCUCGUAACCGUUGUAUCACGUGCAUGGAUUGGUCCCCUCAGUAUCCAGAACUGUUAGUGGCAAGCUACAACAAUAAUGAGGACUCUCCACACGAUCCUGAUGGUGUUGCUCUAGUUUGGAACACCAAGUUCAAGAAGGACACGCCAGAAUAUAUCUUUCACUGCCAGUCCCCUGUAAUGUCUGCUACUUUUGCCAGGUUUCACCCAAAUCUUAUCAUUGGAGGUACUUACUCAGGGCAGAUUGUUUUAUGGGAUAACCGCAGUCAGAAGCGAACUCCAGUUCAACGGAGCCCCCUCUCCGCCUCUGCUCACACUCAUCCAGUGUACUGCAUGAAGGUUGUUGGCACACAGAAUGCUCACAACCUGAUCAGUGUGAGCACCGAUGGUAAGAUGUGCUCGUGGUCCCUUGACAUGCUGUCACAACCACAGGAGUCUAUGGAACUGCAACACAAACAAUCCCGGGCUGUUGCUGUAACUUGCAUGGCCUUUCCACAUGGUGAUGUCAACAACUUCAUCGUAGGAUCAGAAGAAGGAGCAGUCUUUACUGCUUGCCGCCACGGAAGUAAAGCCGGUAUCGUGGAUGCCUAUGAGGGGCACCAGGGUCCUGUGACGGGCAUAAGCACCCAUUCAACCCCUGGUCCCAUCGAUUUCUCUCAUCUCUUCCUUACUUCUUCCAUUGACUGGACAGUCAAGUUAUGGUCAGUGAAGCAUUGGUCAAUGAAGGAAACCAAACCACUGUAUUCAUUUGAAGACAAUGGGGAUUAUGUGUACGAAGUAGCCUGGUCACCAAUCCACCCGGCUCUCUUCACUACGGUGGAUGGCUCGGGGAGAAUCGAUCUUUGGAACCUGAAUCAAGAUACCGAGGUGCCAACUGCUAGCACAGUUGUUGAGGGCAGUCCAGCAUUAAACAGGGUGUCUUGGACAAAUUCUGGUCAACAAAUAACAGUUGGAGAUGACAUGGGCAAGAUCUGGAUCUAUGAUGUUGGAGAGCAACUAGCCUUACCACGUGCAGAUGACUGGGCUCGGCUUGUUCACACUAUGGGUGAGCUUAAGAACAACCAAGCUGAUGAUGACCAAUCCACUAGACACUAUGACUCGUCGUUUUCGUCGCUUACGUCACUUUCGUCGUCUCCUCUCAGAUAAAUUAUUGCUGUGUUAUCUAUUCUGAAUUAUAGCCACUUAAAUAAUUGGUGUUAGGACAUGAUUAUUAGUCUGCAAUGAUAAAUAAGCAAGGGAUAUAAAUUUAAUUUUGUAAUUUGCAAAUGGGUUUACAAUACCAAUAUUACAGUAAAUCAGGCAGUGCUUGGAAUUGUAUUAGGGGUAAAUUACGUAAUAAUGCACAGUAGUAUGAUGUUAUUGUGGUAUAUAAAGGAGUAUUUAUUGAUGUGAGGUGUGUAAUUCUGGUUAGAACAAACUUUAUAAUCUCGAUCGUGCAGGUCAUACCCAGUAUUGCAUUGCUGGGUCUAACAGUAUGAGUAUACAAAGAAAUCACACUAACGUGAUGUAUAUCGAUGAGAAAGUAUGUUGGAGCACCGAGGCAACCUGAACCAAUGAUGAGGGUAUCCCAGCUGUGCACCUUACACCAUGUUGCAGUACAGGGGUAAGUUAUGCUACUGUACCUGGUAUUCCACUGAAUCCACAGGAAAUAUAGAGACCAAUACAAAAUCCAAUUCAAGUUUUACAUAUGACAUGUACCCUGAUGUAGGUAAAUUCCAAGUUGUAUAAGUUAUACAAUCUGGGAUUUACCUACACCAGAGUGCAUGGGGGUUAUAUGUAAACCUUGUGCUUGAGUAGAAGCCACCAAACUGAUGUGGAUUCAGUGGAAUACCAGGUAGUAUAACUUGUGCCAUAUCAAGGUACAGGGGUAAGGUGUGCUACUGGAGCAUCCUCAUCUCUGGUUUGAGUUCUUUCAGUGCUCCAACUAAUUUUCUCAGUGUCAUGAGUUUUGUGGAGUACCUCUGUUGAGAGGAUUGUUAUUUGCCAAAUUUAAUUAAUAUAAGCACAAUUUAAAUAUUGAGCAGCCACUGUAAAAUAAAAAUACAAGUAGA